AUGCGUUUAACAAUUCCUUGGUGGCGCUGUUCAAGAUUAGUGGACGAGACUUCGAAAUUUGCGACUGUAGCUGUAACCGGUAAACCGCACCGCACUGCCCGAGGUGAGCUCACUGUUGAUGCUACUGAGCUUCCGAUGCUGUUGUCGACUUGUUUCCAUGAUAUUCCAGUUCAUAAUACCAAGCAUGAGGUCUCGCCUUUCCCUCGCCAUGUCCAGUUCUUGGCCGAUAGUCCUACGAUGGAUAUGAUCAAGGCUCGCUCGGCUCUCACCCAGUGCCUGCGUUCGUUCUUCUUGGAACGCUCCUUUAUGGAGGUUAAUAUCCCGAUUGUUGAAUGUGUGGCUGGCGGUGCCGUUGCUCGUCCGUUCUAUACGUCUGCCACAGAGUUCUCAGACCGUCAGCUAUCAUUAAGAAUUGCGCCAGAGCUAUGGCUAAAGCGGAUGAUUGCUGGUGGAUUUGACAAGGUGUUUGAGAUUGGACCGUCAUUCCGAAAUGAAGGCUUAGACAAGACACAUAACGCAGAAUUUACGACUUGCGAAUUCUACCACGCCCACGCCAACCUUGACCACUUAAUAACCAUAACUGAAGAACUGCUCGUAGGGGCAGUAGUCACAGUCCAAAAAUUAAACAUAACAGGCACACUCAACCCAACGACAGCCAACUUCACAGCCCCCUUCCGCCGCAUCGACUUCAUCACCGGCAUCGAAGAAGCUAUCGACCGCAAACUCCCCGACCUCGAAGACCCUAUAGCCCUCGAACAAAUCCGCAAAAUCUUUACCGACCUCUCUCUCCCUGUCCCCGAAAAUCCAUCCCUCCCUCACCUCCUCGACAAGCUCUGCAGUCAAUACGUCGAGCCCCAAUGUAUCGACCCAACAUUCAUCAUCAACCCACCAAAAUGCCUCUCCCCACUUUCUAAAUCCUUCAUCCACCCCCUCUUCAUUGAGGGCAAGGAGCUGAUCAAUAUAUACGAAGAGGAGAAUUCGCCGUUCGAACAGCGCCGCAAAUUUGAGGAUCAGAUACGUUUCAGCAAGGACGCUCAUGAGCCCGGCGAGGUCGAUGAGAGUUACCUCGAAGCCCUGGAUUGGGGCUUGCCUCCUACUGGUGGAUGGGGGUGUGUUAUCGACCGUCUUGUGAUGUUAUUUACUGGUGCCAAAGGCAUCGGCGAUGUCCUUUUGGGAAUCUCCAUGCUGUGA